CGGGCGGCGGGGCGCGGAGAGGCGGCGGCGGCGAUGCGGCGGGAGGCGGUGUAGCUGCCGCGCGGGCCCCCUCAGCGCUCCGCAGCCAUGAAGUACAAGAAUCUUAUGGCAAGAGCCCUGUACGAUAAUGUCCCUGAAUGCGCAGAAGAGUUGGCCUUCCGCAAAGGAGAUAUUUUGACAGUGAUAGAACAGAACACCGAAGGUCUUGAAGGAUGGUGGCUCUGCUCCUUACAUGGCCGGCAAGGCAUCGUUCCAGGCAACCGUGUGAAACUCCUGAUAGGUCCAGUGGUACAGGACAGUCCUUCUGGCCAGGAUAUGUCCAAUUCAGGAUUGAUGCAUCAGUCCUUCAACCAGCAAAAGAUCUACCAAGUGCCAAGCUCACAUGCCUCAGCACGGGAUCCUGUCUACCAAGUGCCACCUUCCCAUCUGAAUCAGGGAAUUUAUCAAAUACCCACUGGUCAUGGUCUAGUGGGACAAGAUAUUUACCAGGUGCCACCCUCCAUGCAGAGAUGUGUUGAUGGUCCAGCUCUGACUAACAAGGUAAUAACUCCAGUCAGGUCAGGACAAGGUUAUGUUUAUGAAUUCCCUUCGAAAUACCAGAAGGAUACCUACGAUAUCCCCCCUGUUCGCCCUCUCCAAGGGAUAUAUGACAUUCCCCCCACAUCGGUUAAGGGGCCUGCACUUCCAGCUCCCAUGGGAGAAGCAAAAGCUUUAGGAGUCUAUGACAUACCACCUGCCAAAGGGGUCUAUGCUACACCUCCAUCUGCAUGCCGAGAUGAUACAGGCCUGAGGGAAAAUUUGCAGGAAUUUUCAUCUCCAGGGGGCCACAGUAUGAGACCAGAAGGAGCAUAUGAUAUUCCUCCUCCCAUCACCAAAGCAACUGGGAAAGAACUUAAUAAAUUUUCUCCUGAAAGCCUUUUAUUGCCAGAUGGAGUGCCACAGAAACAGAGUGUUUAUGACAUCCCUAUGAACCAUCAAAACCAUUUCCUUGGACAGCAAAUUGCACCUCAAAAAGAUGUUUAUGAUACCCCAAGGGGAAUUGCAUUCCCAGGACAACAGACAGGACUCAGUGAAAGUCUCAUCCCAGAAGGAAAAGAAGGUGUAUAUGAUGUGCCACCACCAGUCCUCCAAGACACUAAAGGCUUACAGGAUGUGACUGAUGGGAUAAAUAGGUUGUCUUUCUCCAGCACAGGAAGCACAAGGAGUAACAUGUCCACAUCUUCAACAACAUCAAAAGACUCUUCUUUCUCAGCAUCAACUGCACAGGACAAAAGAUUAAUCCUUGAUCCAGACACUGCUAUAGAAAGGCUUUAUCGCCUCCAGCAGAUGGUGGAGACAGCUGUCAAUAACCUCAUGGCCUUCAUUACAGCAGACUGGCGGUCUUAUGGAUACAUGGAGAAACACAUCAAUGAAAUUCACACUGCUGUGGAUAAGGUGGAGCAGUCGCUGUUGGAGUACCUCCAGUUUGCGAAAGGAUCAGCAGCCAAUGCUUCCUGCCUAUCCGAGUUCAGCCUCCUUAACAAAAUGAGGAGGGAGGUGCAAAGGCUGGAGGACUCUCACCAGAUCCUUACCCAAACCAGUCACGACUUGAACAGCUACAACUGGUCUUUGAAUGUUCUAGCUGUCAACAGACUGCAGAACAAGUGUGAUGACCUGGAUCGGUUUGUUAUGGUGGCAAGGACAGUCCCAGAUGAUGCCAAGCAACUGACCACUACCAUCAGCAUCAACGCAGAGGUGCUCUUCAAACAGGUGUCGAGCAGCUCACGUUUCAAAAACUUACCAGAGAACAUCAUGAACACUCCUGACUAUGUAUAUGACAAUCCUCAUAUGCAGCGUCACGGAGAAAAAGCACAGAACCACUGCAGUCCCCUUCCUCCACUCCUGAGUAAAGGUCAGCACCCCCACAAUACCCCCAGUGAGAGCUCAGAAAAGAGCUGGAUGGAUGACUACGAUUAUGUUCACCUGCAGGGGAAAGAAGAGUUUGAAAGGCAACAGAAGGAGCUGCUGGAAAAAGAAAAUAUCAUCAAGCAGAGCAAAAUGGAGCUAGAGCACCAUCAGAUCAAUCAGUUUCAACGUCUGGAGCAAGAGAUCACAAAGCCAGUAGAGAAUGACAUCUCAAAAUGGAAGCCACCUCAAGCUCUCCAGACUGCAAACGGCACUGCCACCUCCCGUGACAGCCAGCUACUCUUAUUCUAUUCUGACCAAUGCGAGACUCACUUCAACUCCCUCCUAAAUGCCAUUGACGCCUUUUUUGGUUGUGUCAACGCUUCUCAGCCCCCCCGAAUCUUCGUGGCUCACAGCAAAUUUGUCAUUUUGAGCGCUCACAAACUUGUGUUCAUUGGAGACAUGCUCACAAGGCAAGUGACAACUCAGGACAUAUGCAACAAAGUGAUGAAUGCCAGCAACCAGUUGUGUGAACUGCUGAAGAGUGUCGUUCUGGCUACAAAGAUGGCUGCCUUGCAUUACCCCAACACAGCAGCCCUACAGCAGAUGGUGGACCGAGUAACAGAGCUGUCUCGUCACGCACAGUUGUUCAAACUCUCGCUGGUCCAAAUGGCAUCCUUAUGAAACCCGGUGGAAUCCAAUCCACAAGCAGCAAAACAGAAAAGCAAACAAACUGGAGCUAUUUUUAUGUAAAUGUUUUUUUUGUUUUGUUUUGUUUUGGUUGGUUUGGGUUUUUGGUUUUGUUUUUUUUUAGGUAUUUUUAAUGAAAUUUUAGAUACAUUCUUAUGCAUUAGAGAAUCUAAUGAAAUCAGGGAUCUGGGAAUAUAUCUGGUUCUGUAUUAUGUUUCUAAUACACAUUUAGAUUUGUAUACACUGCAUAUUUGUAUAUGUUGCUACUUUCUCUAAACCAUCAAUUAAGCACCUUAAAAAUUAUGCGUUGGGUAAGCAGUGCGUAUCUUUUGUAUAUACUGCCUGUUUCCUCGGUAUAUUUGUUAACUGGAUGCUGCACUCUUCUUGUUUCAUUCCACCUUGAUUUUGGCACAUGGACUUGGUUGUGAAACCUACUUGUAGCAAUCCAUGAAGCAAGUGUAAUGGUUCUCAUAGAACUCCAUUCCCUUCUUAGAAAUUACUUUCUAUAGUUUAAUUCCAUGAAAUUUAACUCUCCUCUUGAUGUUACUUUGUUAUGUACAGCAUUCAAUCAUUCUGACUAGCAUAUAUGCACAACUGCAACAAGCAACGCAUCAAGCAAGGCGUACAGCAUUUGGGAGAAAAGCAUUUUUAGGCCAUAUAAGAAAAAGAACCUUCUAAGAAGGAAGACAGAAUCGUAUAUAUUUAAUAUCUUAUGGCAUUUGAAUUCUGCUACUUCUAAUAACUGUGCAACGGGGGAUUUAAAAACGUGGAUGGAUUCCCAGCAAUGUAAAUUCAUACAUGUUUACCUUGUACGUCCUUGCAUUCGCAAUUAAAUUUAACAGUCAGGCCCAAAA